CUGGGAGCGCUCUCAGGAGGCUGGGCGCGAGGCAUUGAGACCCAGAGCAGCUGCUGCUCGGGGCUUCCUCUGCGGCCUCGCCGUCCAGGAUGAAUCCCCUCGACUUUGCAGACCCUCUUGAUUAUGCAGACUUCUUGAAAACUGAAGGAAAUGAACACUUCAAAAAUGGGAGAUAUUCUGUGGCAAUCAAAAAAUAUGACGAGGCAAUAAAUAUAAGAACGUACUUUUAUCAAACACAAAGGAUAUCUUGCCACCGUGAAAUAGCGGUGUUGAUGUGCAAUCGAUCAAAUGCCUUCUACAAUUUAAAUAAAUGGAGUGAAGCCUGUUACUCCGCAGAACUGAGCCUCCAAUGGGAUCCAACCUAUGUUAAGGGAUACUACAGAGCUGGUUACUCUAUGAUGAAAAUGUCACAUCCUCUCGAUGCAGCCAGAAUAUUUUCUCAAGGUUUGAAACUCCUUCAUGGUUCAUCAGAUGUGGGCGAGAUAUCUGAUUUUAUAGUUGGAGUCUUUUCAAGUGCUAACAAUGAAAGGAUCGUUACUCUGGACUUUUUAUCCAUUUGUAGAAAGAUUGUGAAUGGUCACUACAGUCCCAGUGUUUGGCAACAAGUGGUUGAAAAGCUGGCAAGGAAAGGAUUGUGGCAGUCUUGUCUGUUGUUGGCUGCUGAGAAAGACAAGUUGCCAAGGCAUCUGCAAGUCACCAAUGUAUCACUCAGGGAUCUGUUUGAGAAAUAUGUUGUUUUUGGUCAAUAUGAGAAGAUGGAAAGAAUGCCUGUACUAGUGAAAUGGCUAAUUUCCAUGGGAGCAAAUAUACAGAGUAUUGGAACCUAUCCCCUUCAUGCUGUCAUGAAGCUUUGUAUCAAAGCAAAAGGAAAUCAGCUUUUCCGAUGGUUACUGAGAUAUAAGCCUGAACUGAUAAAUCUUAUCAACCAGCAAGAUGAAGAUGGAUUUACUGUUCUCCAUGUUGUAGCAUCCAUAUCCAGUGGAUAUCCUUUGAACAAUCAGGUAGAUGAUGUAGUGAUGCUGCUUGAAGCUGGGGUAGAUCCGAAGAUCUGUGAUGCACAGGCAAGAUCUGCUAUGGAUAUCUUCAAAAAGAACAAGAAGUUCAAGGCUCUAUCUGUCAUCAAAAAACACAUGGCUAGUAAUAUGUCAUGCUCAGAGGAGUCAGAAGGAGAGACAGAAAGCAAAGCCACUACAGGUUCUGUUGCCUUGCUUCAGGAUGCUUUUGAGCAGUUUGCACAGUUUUGUGUGAAAAACAACGUGCAUCACAUCAGUCUGAAGCAUGAAAAAGUUCGGAGGCUUUUGGAGCUGCUGUCUGCAGUAAGAGAAAUUCCUGAAGAAGUUGUCUUUGAUAUUCCUUCUGCCUGUGCCAGCCACUUGAUAAAGCUGUUUCUGGAGAAACAAAAGUGGCAUGAAGUUCUGUUGCUGCUGACCCGAAAGGCCACAGGCGAGGUGGCAUCAGGAGAGGACCUUCUUAAGAGCUGCAGUCUUUCAGACUUUGAUAUUGGGAUUGUCUUGGAACAGAUGGAAAGAUCAGAUAAGCGACGAGUGCCACUUAUAAAAUGCUUGAUACAGAGGGGAGCGUCACCUGAAGGUACUGGAACUUUCCGUGAAAAGCCAAUUGAGCAAUGCUUAAAGAACGAUGAGUUUGAGUUGGCAUAUUUGCUGCUGAGUGCCGGUGCAGAUCCUCGGUGUCUAUCUUUUGUGGAAGGCGAUACUCCUUUACAUGUUGCUCUAUCAGUUGUUUUAGAUAAAAAAGAUCCUGUUGGUUUUCGUUUUCUGAGUUACCUUCUGGAAUUAUACAGCUCAGAUCCCUCUGCUUUUCCACAACUCAACCCCAACUGUCAAGACAAGAAUGGAAACACUGUGAUGCACAUUCUUUUUCAGAGGCACCUGACAAAGCAGGUUAAGAAUAUGUUGGUUUUACUGUCAAAGUUUGAGAUCAAUCUCAAUAUAAGAAACAAAGCAGGAAAAGAUGUGUGCCACAGAAAAAAGAAGAAUGACCCAAUGCUUAGAGCUUGGAAUGAAGCCCUGAGUGAGAAUAAGAAAAAACCCCGGCAUGAUGUAGGGGGGCAGCAGCCCAAAGAUCCAAAAUUUACUUCAGCUUCUGACAACUCACAGACUAAAAGUUUAGCCGAUUCUUCAUCUCUGUGUUCAUCCAAAGUGUCAGCUAAAAGCCAGAUGUUAAACGAGGAAUCAGACAUAGGGAGUGUUUCCCACGAUCAGCAAGUAACAGAAAGUGCUGCAGCAAAAAACUCAACAUGUGUGGCUGUUAAUACGCCUCUGACUCUGAAGGAAUGUCUUGUGCAAGAAAUUAUGCAAUUAAUUCAGAAACUAAAAUUGCAGGAAGUCUCUGCAAAAAUUAAUUCAUCUGCACCUGAAGUGCAAAAGUCGUCAUCUCUUACGGUGAAAAGCAAAGAGGAUGACCAUCAGCAGAUCCAUGGCCAUGAGGGGUUUUCUUGUGAUAUUAGGAAUGAUGUUUGUCUAAACAAAGACACUUCAAAUGAGAGAGCUGCUAAUGAACUCGAAGAAGACAAAGGAGAAGAGGACUCCUCUUCUGAAGAUGAUGAACAGAUCCAGGAUGCAGAAACAUGCAUCCAAGACAUUGAUAAAAUGACAUGGGAAAUUGAAUGUACACCUGAAAUGUUAAAGAAAUUGGGAAGUAAACAUAUGCCCCAUGAUAAGAGAAAUAAGGCCAUACGUGUAAUCCAGCAGCUGGGAAAUGGCGACUGGACCAAGGGUAAUAAAAAACUGCUGAAACAGGUGAAAGGGAGUAUUCGCCUUUAUGAAGCAAAGCUGGGCAAAGGAGCAAGAAUGCUUUGGGAACGUGCAAUAGACUUUUCUCCUCGUUGCAGUGAGACUGCAGAAAAGAUCAUAGAGAGUAAGGAUUUGGCUCAUCCAACUGGGAGAGUUUACACAGAAAUCAUUCGAAUAUGGGACAUUGUUCUAGAUCAUGACAAACUUCGUAGAGCCAUUGAAUAUGCUGUUGAACAUAUCUGUGCUGCAUACAACCGUGGACAUGCUUGCAUAUUGAGGAAAACCCUCAAAGUUAUGAACACAACUUCGCUUUCUUUAAACAAAAAAGACCAAAAGCGCAUUCCUCGUAUUUAUGUUGAAGACAUCAAAGCAGACAAACCAAAAGAUCAUGAAUACUUUCCCCCAGCAAGUACAGCAGAAACGGAAUAUAGUAUAAUGAAAUUUCACAGUUUCAGUACUAACAUGGCACAUAACAUCCUCAAUGAUAUGACUUCUGCUGUUGAAUACCCCUUCAGAGUGGGAGAAUUGGAAUAUGCUAUCAUUGACUUGAAGCCCAACCCUUUGGAGCCCAUAAUCUUAAUUGGGCGAAGUGGAACAGGAAAGACCACUUGUUGCUUAUAUAGGCUUUGGAAAAAAUUUCACUCUUACUGGGAGCAAGCAGAGUUGGCACAGGAUCCCCUGUUGGUUAGGCAAAUGCGGCAGAGACAAAAAUGUAAUUCUCAUCUGGAAAACAAGGGCUGCAAGGAGGAAGUCCUUAAUGACAAACAAGAUGCCUGUUAUUCCAGUGAUUCAGCUGAAUUGGAAGUAUCUGCAAGUAUGGACAGUGAACAAGAUGAAAAUGACCAGAGUUCUUCAGGUUUAGGAGACUCAGAAAUCAAUUCACUAUGUGAUUGUGAUGAGGAUGAGGAGCAUGUUGCAGACAAACUGGAGCAUUUGCAUCAGAUUUUUGUUACUAAAAAUCAUGUUUUGUGUCGAGAAGUUCAGAAGAAUUUUAUUGAGCUUAGCAAGUCUUCGAAGGCAACCAGCCAUUAUAGGCCACUUGAACCAAAUGUUUACAAACUUCAGGAUGUUAAAGAUGAAAAUUUUCCUCUCUUCCUCACAUCCAGACAGUUUUUACUCCUACUCGAUGCCUCGAUGUCUGACCCAUUUUUCCUUAGGAAUGAAGAUGGAAGUCUUAAGCAUAGCAUUGAUGGGUGGUCAACAACAGAAGAUGGAAUUGCCUCAAAUUGGCAAGAGGAAGAUGAUGAUGUUGAUAUUGAAGUAGAUUAUGAUGAAGAUGAGGACCCUGCUGAAGUUCAUACAAGACCAUGUGAUCCUAGAAUCUUUGUGACCUUCAGUGUAUUUGCUCAUGAGAUCUGGCCCAAAAUGGCAAAAGGCAAGCAUCCCUACAAUCCAGCAUUGGUUUGGAAAGAAAUAAAAUCUUUUUUGAAGGGGUCUUUUGAGGCAUUGAGCAGCCCACGAGGCAUACUUACUGAAGAAGAGUACAAAAAACUUGGUCGAAAGAGAUGCCCAGACUUUAAAGAAGACCGUAGUGAAAUUUACAAACUGUUCUGUCUUUACCAGCGAAUAAGAUCACAAGGGAAUUAUUUUGAUGAGGAAGAUGUCUUGUACAAAUUGUCUCAAAGGCUCUCUGCAUUUAGAGUUCUGCCAUGGUGCAUCCAUGAACUUUAUGGGGAUGAAAUUCAGGAUUUUACUCAAGGAGAGCUAGCAUUGCUAAUGAAAUGCAUUGAUGAUCCUAACGCAAUGUUCCUGACAGGUGACACCGCACAGAGCAUCAUGAAAGGAGUCGCAUUUCGUUUCAGCGACUUGACAUCGCUUUUCCAUUAUGCCAGUGUAACCUCUAAUGACAAGAAACAAUGUAUUGUUAGAAAACCAAAAAGGAUAUACCAACUUCACCAGAACUACAGAUCUCAUUCAGGGAUCCUCCUCUUAGCCUCAGGAGUUGUUGAUUUACUUCAGUACUAUUUCCCAGAAUCUUUUGAUAGUCUCCCUAGAGAUUCAGGCCUUUUUGAUGGCCCUAAACCCACUGUAUUGGAAUCUUGCAGUGUUAGUGAUCUAGCAAUCCUACUGAGAGGCAAUAAAAGGAAAACACAACCAAUUGAAUUUGGAGCACAUCAGGUGAUACUAGUAGCAAAUGAAACCGCAAAAGAAAAGAUUCCUGAGGAGCUCAGUUUGGGUCUUGUGCUAACAAUUUAUGAAGCAAAGGGGUUGGAAUUUGAUGAUGUACUCCUUUACAACUUUUUCACAGAUUCAGAGGCUCACAAAGAAUGGAAAAUAAUUUCUUCUUUCAAACCUUCCUUUUCCUUAUCCAAAGAAACCAGGGUGGUCAUUGAAACCCCCAUUGAGAAAGAUGAUGACACUCCAAGAAAACAUCUCCUGUUCAAUCCAGAUAUGUACAAGAUGCUUAAUGGUGAGCUAAAGCUGUUAUAUACUGCUAUCACAAGAGCCAGGGUCAAUCUGUGGAUCUUUGAUGAAAACAGAGAUCGGCGUGCACCUGCAUUUCAGUAUUUCAUCAAGCAAGAAUUUGUUCAAGUUGUCAAAACGGAAGAAAAUGAAGCCUUUGAUGACACUAUGUUUGUUAAAGCAUCAACUCCGGAAGAAUGGGUGGCACAAGGAGAAUAUUAUGCUAAACACCAGUGUUGGAAGGUGGCUGCUAAAUGCUAUCAAAAGGGAGGAGCAAUUGAAAAGGAGAAACUGGCCUUGGCAAAUGAUGCUGUGCUUAAUGUUCAAUCAAAGAAAAUCAGCCCCAAGGAGAAGCAAAUGGAAUACAUGAAACUGGCCAAAACUUACAUAGAGUGUGGUGAACCAAAUUUGGCUCUCAAAUGUCUUUUUCAUGCCAAAGAUUACCAGCUUUGUGCGCAGCUUUGUGAAAAAUUACGAAAGGUGAAAGAGGCUGCAUAUUUCUAUAAGAGAGCUCAGUGCUACAAGGAUGCAUACAGGUGUUUUGAACAGAUUCAAGAGUUUGAUCUAGCAAUUAAAAUGUGUUGCCAAGAGGAACUGUAUGAAGAAGCAGCAAAGACUGUGGAAAGGUAUGAGAAAAUGCUGCAACAUGAAAAACUGCCAGGUUCCAAACUUCCAUAUUCAGCCAACCAAUUUUAUUUGGAAGCAGCUGCAAAAUAUUUGCAUGCAAACAAAAGCAGUGCCAUGAUGGAGAUGCUUUCCCACCUUGACACUGAAGACCAGCUUGUUUUCUUGAAAGAACAUAAAUGCUUUUCUGAAGUAGCUGGGCUUUUGAAAAAGGAAGGCAGAGAUGAAGAAGCUGCAAAGUUGAUGAAACAGCAUGGAUUUUUAUUGCAGGCAGCCAAACUCACUAAACAAAUGGACUUUCGAGCAUCAUGCUUACUUGCUGCGGCCCGCCGUGGUGUGGCAGGCUGCUAUGCUCUGGAGAAUUUGCCAGCCGUCUUGGAAGAAGCCUUAAAUCUCUGUGAAGAAACAAACCAAAAGUCCGGCAGAGCAGAGGCAACUUAUUUGAAGGGUGUUCUAAGCAAAGACUUCUCUAUAUUGAGGGAGGCUUUCCGCAUGUUCUUGCAUGUGAAUCACACUGCAGGUGCUGUGGAAGCAUUGUUUAAAGCCUCACAUUGUGAAGGAGGAAAUGAAGCCUUCCUGCGAUUAACAUCACAAGGAAUUGGGGCACUUUUGAAACUAGUCACGGCUUUCGAAAAAGCAGACACUAAUGCUGAGAGAGGCAUGGUGAAGUCCUGCUUUGAAUACUUCGGGAUUAUGUCAAUAGACAACAAGACCUGCCAGAUCUCUCAGAAUGAAGCAGGAUGUUUACUGGAAUAUUUUCCUGAAAGCUUAAACCUGAGAGGGAAGAAAAGUGACCACUUCACUGCCAGCCUGGAAGAGGUGAAAACUGUGCUGAGGAAGCAUUUGUUGAAUAGGCUGACUACCAUUGUUCGCCACCUAUUUGAAAGGAACUUCCCCAAUAUUUGUGCCAAGUUCAUUGCAGGCUUGAAGUGUGAGGACAAAGCCUGUGAGGACUUCCAUAGAGUUUUGUCAUAUGGAGAGAUAAAAUCUGUCUUUCAGUGUAAAGUGCAUCUGGCUGCAAUAAAUGGGUUCCUGUUAGAAGCCAAGCAAGUGUUCCCAAAAGAUUUGCUUCAUGGGCUUAAUGCUAUUGAUGAAUUGUUGACAGCCGAUAAAUAUGCUUUGUGCAGAUCCCUUAUAAAUGCCAUCUUUCCUAAACAUUUCCAUCUGAGAACAAUCUCCAAAGACCCGCUGGCAUGCAAAAACAUCCUAAGUCUUCAAGGCGGUGGCUUUGUAACUUUUAAUCCUUGCAGAAUGGUGUUGAGGGAAUAUGUCAUAUCUGAGUUCAAAAACCAGACUCCUCAAAACAGGAGAGAAUCUACUGAUUUAUUGCUGAGAACAAUGCAAGUCCUUGCCUUGACUGGUCAUUAUCCUAAAGAGUUUGAGAGGCUUCUUGAAAGAGAAGAAGACGACUUUAAGACACAAAAUAAGCAGAGAGGAAGUAUCAGAGACACUGAAGGAAGGCAUGGUAUGUUGUUGCCUGACAAAAAUUCCAGAAAUGCUGACAGCAUCCACUUGUGUUUCAUUCGACUUUUGCAGGAGUGCAUAGACAAGCUCUACAUUUACAGAAAUCCAGAGGAGUGUAGAUGGCUGUUCUACCGUUUCAUGAAUGUCUUGGUAAGGAAGUGCACUUAUCCCUUGAUUCCAAGCAUAGGAAACACAGUGACUUUGCUAGAGUUUCAAUUUAUUUUUUGUUGUGCUAUCCUUAUGCGCCUCUGCAAAAGCAUGACCCUUUGCCUUCCUAAGAGUUACAUCGCUUUCUACCACUACUGGGAUUUUUUCUUCGCCAAGGGAGACCGACAAAAAUGCAUGUUUUCUAUUAUACAGGAUUAUAAACCAGUAGACACAAAGCAAGCUAUACUGCUAUUCCAACUUCAUCUGAAAUAUUUAGCAGAUGUUCUGUGCAAAUUCGAAAACUUCAGUGUACUCCUGGAUGCUUUUAAUGACCCUGAUUCUAUUGUAUCAGGAGAGGCUGAACGUACUGUUGUGCUUUGCUUAGUGAUGUUAGUGAAUGCAGAUCAAGUGGGAUGUGGCUGGAAGUAUAAAAGUAUUUUAUCAGAACAUUUCCCUGCUCUCAGGGAAAGCCUUAUAGGAAUGAAGAAAAAGUGUCCUUCCAAAGUACCCGAAAGGUUGUUUAAAGCUGUGGACAUGAUGUGCAGACUAAGAGCCACUGAUGUUAAAGAAAUCAUUGAAGGCCUCAAAGAAUUGCUGUUUUGCCGAGAUGAAGAGUUUUUGGCUGAUUGUUGCUGGAGAUGGGAUCCCAAAGGAACUCGAGGUUCCAGGCAUGAAGAUAAUAAAGGGAUCAGAGGUAUCCAUUACAGAGUUGCAGACAUAGACAGAUUUUCAUAUGUCAGUCAGGCACCGUAUUUGGAAGAGCCAGAACCAGAUCUUGAAGAAAACAUAUACGUUGAGGAAAGAGAGGAUCCACUAGCCGGUUUAGCAUCAGCAAGGCAGCAAAAGCAACAACAAAAAGCUCUUGUCAAGCAGAAGUUACGGUGCCUUUUCCUGUUUGUUCGUUGUUGUGUUAGAUGGCGGCAGCUGUCUUCUUCAAAACCAGAGUCCUUGGAAAUGACAUUGGGGAUCUUCAAAAAAGCAGAUAUUGAUAAAACACAGUGUGAUCUCUGUGGUGUCAAAUUUGCCCAAAGCCCCGUGAACUUUACUCCUACAAUUGAGCACUCAGAAAAAGAACCUACAGAAGAGACUUCAACUGAGAUGGAGUGGGAAGAAAGUGUGGAAAGGCAGGAAAGUUUUGUGGACAGUGAAACAUUUGAACAUCAUAUUACCCAGCUUGAACAUGGAAACAAAAGCAUUUCUUACCAGAAAUACUUUGAGUUUUUCAGAAGCGAGAUAGAACCAUUAGUCCAUAGUGGGAAUAAAGUGGUGGAAAAGAUUGUGGAGAAUGCCUGCAUCAAGAGUCACAGCGAGGAGUCGAAGCUAAUGCAGAGAAAAAUUGAAGAGAGCAUUAAGAGUAUUUGUGAUUCAGUAGAAGAUAUCUACAAGACAAAAGCAUGGAGUGAUGCUGAAGAAAUUAUGUCCAAGUUGGCUUGUGGAUUGGAAUCAAAUGUAGACAAUGCUGUGAAAUGGCUGGAGAAGAUGGAAUCCUCCCUGCUAAAGGAGGAAGAGUUUGACAGUGACAAAGACUUGAACAGUAAAGAAAAUGACGAAGAUCUAACAUUUCAAGAACUGUGUGAAAAAAAGCCCAGAAGAAAGAGGGGGCGCCAAAGACGCAAAUAGUUUGUUUACAAAAACGGCUGAGGUUUACUUUUCUGUUAAAUUCCCAUUAAAUUCUUUUUUAAAAAAAAAAUCAGGGAAAUGUUAUAUUGCCAGACAAUCAACAUGAAUGUAACUCAGAAGCAGCUCUUAGUUCUUAAGACUCAAUGCCUAUUUUUACUGGGUCUCUCAAAAAGAUUGAUUGUAUUUUGUAACGUGUUUUGAUAUCAGCUGUUCUUUAAGUGUGCUUUAAAACAUUCCUUCAGAGUGCCAUUGUUUAUAUAAAAUGUGAAUAUACAUUUAUAUGUUUCUUCAGAGUCCCACUGGUUAUAUACAGUGUUCACCUACAUUUUUAAUGGAGAGUGGUUUUAUAUAUUUGAAAUUCUGAAAAGAAAUGUAUGGAAGAUUUAAACAGAAAAUAAAACAAGUAUUGAUUCUA